CGACGGUCGCGACCCCCAGGUUGAGAACCGCUGCCCUAUGGGAUCCGUAGCGCCCAGCCCUCCGGCCGGGGAGGCCCCAGGCGGCGGCCAACGGCCUCUUCCUUGCAGGACCCUGCGCUACGUCCCCGCGGAGCUUGAGGACAAAGUGGUCCCGGACGCCGAGGUCCUGCGGACGCUGCUCGCCGUCUUCCGGGCGCUGUUCGCCAACGCCCUCCCCCGGCAGCGGGACGUCCUGGCGGCGCUCCCGGAACCGGUUCGGUCCAAGUACCAAGACCUGCUGUCGGCUCAGCCUCGGGGGGCGCCCGUGCUCGGCUUCACACCCCAAGACGUCCUGUACCAGACCCUGGGCUUCAGUGUGGCCCGCGCGGCCAGCUCCCUGGCGGCCGCCGGGGAGGGCGUCUUCGUGGCGGCAGGACGGGCCCCGCGGGGCGCCGUGGUCGGCAUGUACCCGGGUACAGUAUAUCAGAAAUAUGAGCCAAUCUUUUUCCAGUCGAUUGGAAAUCCGUUUAUUUUUAGAUGCUUGGAUGGCGUGCUCAUUGAUGGAAAUGACAAGGGAAUCUCGAAAGUCGUGUACAGAUCUUGCAAUGGAAGGGACCGACUUGGCCCUUUAAGAAUGAGCGAUAGCACUUGGCUAACAUCAGAAAUGCAGAACCCUCUGGCGGUAGGCCAGUAUGUCAACAAUUGCUCCAAUGACAGACCAGCGAACGUCUGCUAUCAGGAGUUGGACGUGCCCACGGGCUUCCCUGUGGAACUGAAGCAGUACCUGCCCAACACCACCUACAGCUGUGCCCAGCAAGGGCCGCUGCGCUGCGUCGUCCUCGUUGCUCUCAGGGACGUCGGACAAGGAGAAGAGCUUUUCUCAAACUACUACACGGUUGUCAGCUGACUCUGAAUAAGGAUCGGGUUUUCUAUUCAGUUCAUGUUAAUAUUUUGGUUAAUCACUUCUGAAUUCCAGAGUGGGAAUUUAUUUCUAUUUUGUUUCAAUUCCAUGAUAAAAGUUAUUUGCUCAAUUUCAAAUUUGCAGUGCUAUUCCAAUUUUCAUUUUCACCUAAAUACAGUAAUUAAAACCUACUGCCUGAAUUUAUAAUUUAAUUUUUCUUUUAAUAUAUCUUGUGUCCAUAUACAUGUGUGGUUAUAAAAUGUUAGCCAAGUUAUCAGCAAUUAUUUUACUGUUGAUGUAUAUGAACUUCUGAAAAAUGUUUUUCUAGAAUAAGCUAAAGCCAAACAUUUUUUGUUCCCAUGAGUUAACUGGUGUGUGUGUAAAGAUUGUUUUAGCUAAGGGAGAAACGGGCGGGGGGUCAUACCAUUUUCUCUAUUUGCACAUUUACCCAGAGAUUAAAGCAGCAUGAGACUGUUUGGCAUGUGGGGGACACCGGCACGAGCGCUCCUGUCUCCACGUGGCGUCCCCGACGCGUGUGAAUGCUGAGUGGGGCUAAUGAGCCCGUGUGCAUCAGGGCCAGAGGCCUGGGAGAGGGCAGCGAAGCCCCAGGCGCAGAGCCUGCCACUGACGGCGAUUGUGGCCCAAAGGGACGAGGCCUGGAAGUCACCAGAUGAUUCUGCUCCUGCCCCUGAAGGUCUGAAACACUAUGUAGCUCGCACGGGGCACUUGGCUGCCUUCAGACGCCGCCCGGAGGGCAGUGUCCCCGAGCCCUGCACAGCGAGCUCGCUGGUGUCUGCGGGUGAAGGAAUGCGCUUUUAGACAAGUAACCAGAGCUGGGGAGUCAGGGUUUCGUUUCCAUCUUCCCUCUCCUGUCCUUACACAGAAUCCGGACAUCGUGUGCCCUCAGAUCGGAGAGACUAAGGGAGCCACAGAGAAAGCUCUGGUCAGAGCAAGGGGCGUGGGGGACGCCUGGAGAGAUAAAGGCUUAGGGAAGUCGUUCUAGAGUCGACUGAAUGUGACUAUUAUGAAGAAACCUACCAUAAAUAUGUCAAAUAAUGUGACCAAAUUUCAGGUAUCAUGUCUUCUUAGAAGCCACUUAGAACAGUGUUUGAAACAUUAAGAUGUUCAUUAAAUAUUUCCUGAAUUAAAUUUAAAGCAUAAUCCUCA